AUGGAGGGAGAAGAAGGGUUGCUAUGGAAAUCGGAGCCACAACGCGAGUCCAUCCUCUCCGUCACGCUCGCUCGUGCCAUCACUUCUCUUCUCGCUUCCCGUCCCAGGAAGCUUCACGACUCUAUUUCUCGCCUCUCCUCACACUCUUCGCUCUCCCGCACUUCACUCGCUUCCCUCGAAGACUCUCUCUGGUUCUUCCACAGUUACGUAACCGACGCUGUGACCAACAAUUCCUCCCUCGACCAAGUCCUUCUUCCAAUUAUCGACAGUGUGUUGAAGUCCAAGCACGGUGACCAAGCUAUGGUGCUGUUGAACUGGCUCUUCCGUGACGCGCUUCUUUUCCAACCCGUUGCCGAGGCUCUCGCUGGCGUCGUCACCAGAAAGCCCGUCCACGACCGCUACGUGUUGCUUGGUUGGUGUCUCCUUCUUCGGAAUCUCGUUGAAUUUGAGAGUUCCGCUCACCAAUCCAUGUUUGGUGGGAUACGGGAGAGGUAUAGAGAUUUGUUAAAGAUACUCUCCACCUGCCUUCCGGAUUUGGUCAGCAUUGUGAGUAAAGGAAGCACUUUGCGGGAUGGUUUUGAGUUGCCAUCUCGCUUUGGAGUGUCUGCCGCGGAUUGUUUUUUGUCCCUUUCGGAAGCAUUAACAAAAGUGGCCGACAUUAGAAAGUCAAAAUUAAAUACAAGAGCAAAAGAUCAGACAAUCAAUUUUGUACAAUCUCCUACUAUUGACAAGAAGGAGAAAUUGGAUUCGAAAUCUUUGAUGUCAAUCAUGGAAAGGGACUAUACACUGUGGCAUCAUUUAAAUGACAUUAUUUGUUUGGUGCAAAGGCUCCUUUCUUGGAGCAAGAAAAGUCGUUUUUUACAUGCCAAAGGCUUGGAGCAUGUCCUUAAAUGGCUGGAGGAGAUAAAGGAUCACCAUGGGUCCUUCCAACAUGAGGCAGCAUUGAAGACAGAUUCUAAUUCUCUCAAGACUGGAGAUUUACUGCUCUCUUCUUGCUGGAAGCAUUAUAGUGUGCUACUACACCUGGAAGAUAAGAAGUUCUCUCAGCAUUAUAAGGAACUGUUGGACCAGUAUAUAUCUGGCAUCCAGUAUUAUAUGGACAACCACACUACUGGUGGUUAUACUGACAACAAUGAUGGUGGAUUGGAGACCAGAAAGUUCUUUUUGAAUUGUUUAUGCCUGCUUCUAGGACGUCUGGACAUCAAGAGAUUUGAAAGCACCGUGUCGGAAUUCGGGAUGACUAUCUCGCGCAUUCUAGUACCACAGCUUAAUUGCACUGAUGAAGAUGUGAUAUCUGGGGUUGUUUCAAUACUCAAAGCUAUCAUUCUGAGGCCAGAUUGCUCGCAUGAAGAUGCACUUACUGACAGUAGGAAGGAAAAUAGUGUGGUUCCUUUUCUGCUUCACCUUUUAGAUGAGCGGGAUGGUACAGCUAAAGCUGCUGCUAUGCUGAUAGCUGAAUACUGCUCAAUGAGCAAAGAUGAUCAGUGUCUAAUGGAAGUUCUACAGCGCCUUGGUUCUGGAAACAUUUCCCAGAGAAGAAAUGCUAUGGAUGUCAUAUCAAAAGUCGUACAUAUAUCAUCAAAGCAAGAUAUAGCCAACAAAUUGCUAGAGAAGCUUGGAGACGAAGAAACUAUGAUUCGUGAGCAGGCAUCCAAAGUACUUCCAAUGUUAGACCCUUCAUUGUACUUGCCUGCACUGGUUGGUCUUGUCUACUCAUCAGAUGAAAGUGAAUCAAUUGCUAGUGAUUCCAUCGUUGAGGUUCUCAAACAUCACAACCAGAGAAUUGAAGUUCAAGACUGGAACAUAUUAAUUGGACCACUGGUCGACAAGAUGUUUGCAGAUCCAUCAAAUGCGACUCUUGUCAAAUUCUUGAGCUAUAUAAGUGAAAACUUGGCAAAUGUUGCUGAUCUUGUAUUGCAUCAUGUUCUGUUGCAUGUUAGAGAACAGAAACAGAUUGAUGGAAAUUUCUUAACAAGAUGGGAGCAAAGAACCUACACAAGUGAUGAGUUUGAAGAAUUGCAGCGAUCACUGUUUGAGCAUCUGUGCCCUUUGCUCAUAAUUAAGAUUCUUCCCCUGAAAACUUUCAACGACCUCAAUUCAUCCAUUAUGUAUGGGCAUCUCAGUAAAAUCAUUAUCCAGGAGGAUGCAGCACGCAGGGAGACUGAUAUUGGUUAUGAUUGCAUUGCUACUUUCCUUCUGAACAGGGCUUUUUGUGAGUUUGAAUUUGAAGACGUUCGGAAGCUUUCUGCGGAGCUGUGUGGACGCAUUCAUCCACAAGUCAGAGGCUGGGAGUCACUUUCUCAUCCUUCAAUGUGUGCAAUUAGAAGGAUGAUUGAAACAGUAUUGCUAUGGCCUUGUCUGAAUGGUGAUUCAGUUUCUAAAGCACAACAUGGAUGCAUUGAUUGUCUAGCACUGAUGAUAUGUGCUGAACUGCAAGCUAAGGAAUCAAUCACCUCUUACAUGCCAGACAAAGUUAGGGCUCUUGGAAAGGAAGGGAAGUCUGUUGUCGCUUAUGUGAUCAAUCAGUUCUUUAACUACAAGAAUGAACGAACUUCAACUCCAGAGUUUGGGGAUGAAAACUCAGAAUUUGAUGCUGCAGUUUCUCUCCCUUUUCGUCUCUGUAUGGGUAAUGUUCUCAUUAGCACUUGCCAGAAGAUAUCAGAAUUUUGCAAGAAGCCCUUCGCAGCACAAGUUAUUCCUUUUCUCUUUCAUUCUCUUGAGUUGGAAACGAAGUCAGAGAUUAGAACAGCAUGCACCCAGGUCCUAUUUUCAGCCGUCUAUCAUCUAAGAUCUGCAGUUCUUCCUUAUGCAUCUGACCUUCUCAUAAUCGCCCUGAAAGCCCUGAGGAAGGAGUCAGACAUGGAAAGGAUGGCAGGUGCGAAGCUCAUAGCUUCACUUAUGGCCAGCGAUGAUAUGAUUUUGGAAAACAUAUCUGUUGGACUAUUAGAAGCAAGGUCUUUACUCUCAACCAUAUCCUCGUCGGAUCCUUCUCUUGAGUUACAACUGCUAUGCCGCAAGUUGCUAGCAUGCAUAUCUUCUACCUGA